UACCAAGAAGACGCGUAGAAUAGAUUUUUUCAUAUGACCCUUGGUGCGGUUGCACAAGUCACAAAGCAAAAGGAAAGGAGGAAGAAGUUUCUCUUUUGGAGACAACUAUAGCAGAUCAAACAUUGGAAACCAUUGGAUUUGUUUUGCCUGAAGAGAAAAUUGUAGUCAUUCGGACAAUCGAUAUAUCGUUACAACAUCUAAAUAACCAGGAAUUUAGUUUUCAAGGCUUAAGUUGUUUAUUUUGGGGGUUCAGAUCAAGGAAUUCAAUGGGGAACACUGAGAGGUUGAUGGAUCAGAUAUUUCAGCUCAAAUUUACCUCCAAAAGCCUGCAAAGACAGGCCAGAAAAUGUGAGAAGGAAGAAAAAGCCGAGAAACUCAAGGUUAAGAAAGCCAUAGAGAAAGGAAAUCUGGAUGGAGCUCGUAUUUAUGCAGAGAACUCUAUCAGAAAACGUAAUGAACAGUUGAACUACAUGCGGUUGGCCUCUCGUUUGGAUGCUGUGGUUUCAAAGCUUGAUACCCAAGCCAAAAUGAUGACAAUCAACAAAUCCAUGACAUCAAUUGUUAGGUCAUUGGAUACUGCACUUGCAAGCAAUAAUCUUCAAAAGAUGUCCGAAACAAUGGAUCAAUUUGAAUCACAGUUUGUGAACAUGGAAGUACAGUCACAAUUUAUCGAGAAUGCAAUGGCUGGUAGCACUUCUCUUUCCACUCCAGAGGAUCAAGUCAGCACUUUAAUGCAACAGGUAGCUGAUGAUUAUGGGCUUGAGGUGUCUGUUGGCCUACCUCAGGCAGCUGGUCAUGCAAUUCCUGCCAAGCAGGAGAAAGUUGAAGAGGAUGAUUUGAGUCGACGCCUUGCAGAGCUCAAGGCCAGGGGUUAAUCUGUCCUUUGUUGGAGAAUGGACUGUAAGAACUUUUGCUUUUGGUAAUCAUGCCUGAAUGAUUGCGAUAAUAAUGCAAAAAUCCUGUCUAUUAGAAAGCUUAAAACUCAAACAGUACAUAGAGACAUGAAUUACCUAUCAACUUCUAUUGUUGAUUAAUGAUAUCUUUCUGAGGGCUUUCAUUUUCGUAUAAUAGCUAAUCGUAGGUUGCUGUGGCAUUUCUGUAAUGUUGUUCUUUUCAUGGGGAAUAUAUUUAUAUUGGUAAGCCUUCA